GUUUUGCAGUUAAAUAAUGGCCCCCAAAAGAAACAACAUUAUCCCAAAUGGGCAUUUCCGAAAAGACUGGCAGAGAUAUGUCAAGACUUGGUUCAACCAGCCCAUGAGAAAAAAGAGGAGGCAUAGGACCAGAGUUCAAAAAGCUUUGAAGAUUGCUCCUCGUCCAGUUGCUGGUCAGCUUAGACCCAUUGUUCGUUGUCCAACAGUAAAAUACAACACUAAACUCAGAUCAGGAAAGGGUUUCACCCUUGAAGAAUUGAAGUCUGCUGGAAUCAAUAAGAGACAAGCCUUGAGUAUUGGUAUUGCUGUUGAUUACAGAAGAAAGAACAAAUGUAUUGAGUCUUUACAGCAGAAUACACAGCGACUGAAGGAAUACAAAUCUAAAUUGAUUUUGUUCCCUAAGAAGAUGAGCAGACCAAGGAAGGGUGAUGCCACAGCUGAAGAGAUAAAGAUGGCUAAACAACUGAAGGGAGCAGUGAUGCCUAUUACCAAUAUCUCUAAACCAGAGAAAGCAAGGAAGAUCACUGAUGAAGAGAGGAAAUUCAGUGCUUUCACUGCACUCCGACAGGCCCGUGCAGCCUCUAGAUUGGUGGGAUACAGAGAAAAGAAGGCUAAACAGAAGGCAGAAGAAGAGGCUAACAAGCCUAAAAAAUAAACUACUCUGUUGUAAAUUAAAAAAAAAAUAUGGAAAA